GUUUACAAUUACACGUGCUCAUGGCUGAUCUCGAUACCCAACACUUGAAUUUGUUUUAAUUUACUGACUACAUUUAGUUGUUUUAAUAAUUAACUGACGUAAACCAAAUAAUGUUCCGUGACGUUUUAAAUUAUUUUUACCACGGCUUUAAUCGAGUCUACGAUUACUGGACCUGCAAGUUUUUUUAGCCGAUGUCCUCUCCAUUGCCGGAAACCCGUGUCGUACCUGAAGCAUCAUCGUUUCGCUCUUGGAUAUCAUUCAUCUUCGAUUACAUUUGGCACCAAGCAAGCAUAUUCCAACUUACUAACAUGCCGAGAAACCGGAGGCGUCACCGCUCUCGUAGUCAUUCGAGGUCUCGCUCUCAAUCAGCUGGAUCUCAGCAAUACGAACACAAACGUAGGCGACUUGAUUAUGAGAGUCCCCUGAGUAAGGGUACAUACAGAGACUCAAAGAUAAUAAGCGAUGAAAAUUUUUUAUUACUUAGAAGUGGCGAACGUGUACUGAGAUCUCGACAACAUGAACGAGGUACCUCGCAAGAGAGACGUUACAAACGUAGUCACCGUAGAUCACCAAGCAGUGGCCGUCACCACUUUGAUUACGAGAAUGUCAAGGAAGAACCUCUAGCACCAGUACCGUCUCCACAUGUCCACAAGCAUAAUGAACGUGAAUGCCGUGACCGUGAUAGGAUACACGCAACCCGUCCAUUAUCACGUGAAAAACGACGUGCACGUCGCGCUCGUCUUCAACAAGCUCCGUCGUCAACGAGUCAGAAGUCCUCCAGACAUCGCCAUAAAUCUUCUUCACGCAGCCAGAGCCCACGACCGCCUUCCGUCGAGGACGAUGAAGACGGCCACCUUGUUUACCAAUCUGGCGACGUCCUGGCAAAUAGAUAUAAAGUUCUGGCCACCCUUGGAGAGGGUACUUUUGGAAAAGUUGUCAAGGUUAAGGAUUUACAAAUGGAUCACGUAAUGGCAUUAAAAAUUAUUAAAAAUGUUGAAAAAUAUCGUGAAGCUGCUAAACUUGAAAUAAAUGCACUUGAAAAAAUAGCCGCCAAAGAUCCUGAUGGUCAACAUUUAUGUGUAAAAAUGUUGGACUGGUUCAAUUAUCACGGUCAUAUGUGUAUUGCAUUUGAAAUGCUCGGACUCAGUGUAUUUGAUUUUUUGAGAGACAAUAAUUAUCAACCAUACCCAUUAGAUCAUGUCAGACAUAUGGGAUAUCAACUCUGUUACGCAGUUAAAUUUCUUCAUGACACAAAACUUACGCAUACUGAUUUAAAACCCGAGAAUAUACUUUUCGUCGACUCAGAGUACGAAGUAACGUACAACUCUAAAAAGCGGAGAGACGUAAGACGUGUCAAGAGGACAGAUAUAAGGUUGAUAGAUUUUGGCAGUGCGACCUUCGAUCACGAGCAUCACAGUACGAUCGUCAGCACGCGACAUUACAGAGCGCCUGAAGUUAUUCUCGAACUCGGAUGGUCACAACCGUGCGACGUAUGGUCGAUUGGUUGUAUAUUAUUUGAAUUAUAUUUGGGUAUUACAUUAUUUCAAACACACGACAAUCGUGAGCAUCUCGCUAUGAUGGAACGUAUAUUGGGCACAAUACCUCAUCGUAUGGCUAGAAAAACUAAAACUAAGUACUUUUAUCAUGGGAAAUUGGAGUGGGAUGAUAAGAGUUCUGCUGGCAGAUAUGUUAGAGAUAAUUGUAAACCAUUACAUCGCUACAUGUUAUCUGAAGAAGAAGAACACCGACAAUUAUUUGAUUUAAUUCAACGUAUGUUAGAUUACGAACCAUCAGAACGAAUUACACUAAAGGAUGCGCUGUUGCAUCCUUUUUUCGAUGCUCUGCCGGCCUCCCAGAGAAUCUCUGACGUGAAGGCCGGCGGUGAUGCUCAACAGACUCCUCACGAACGUUCACAUUCGCUUUCACGAUGAAAUUAAUAUUCGGGACCCGAUGUCCCUACGGAUAAAUAUUUGAUAUUUUUAAAACUGUUACUGUUCUGACACGCGCGCUCCGAUGUACAGCAACCGUGAGUUUAAAAUUUUAAAAGUCACGAUUGUGAUUCGGAUUUAAUUGCGUCGUGUCCUGACAGGUAAUUCUUGUAAAAUGUUUUCUAAAAAGUGUCGAUCAAGAGAUUGGGAGAAGAGAAUUUAGAUAAUUAAAUAAAAGUGAAAGUGAAGAUAAAGUUUAUGAGAUUAAGAAAAUAUUUUAUAACUAUUUUUUUUCUGUACAUUAAUUCCUCCCUUAUUUUAUUAUGAAAAAUAACGCUUUGAAUAAAAAAAAAAUAAAUUAAUUAAUUAAAAUUAAGAGAGAGAAAGAGAAUAAGGGAUUUAAUUUUUAUGCAGAAAUAAAAAGAGACGUAGAUUUAAUAAUUAAUUAUUUUAGUUUGUUGUAAAUUGUUUAAUUAAGAGACAAGUACGCAUGGAUGUGAACUAAAUGAUAAGCUCGUUAAUUAAAUAAGACAAUUUUUAAAUCAUUAAAAUGAUAAUUAUUAAUUAUUAUAAAUUAGUUUGUUAAGAUUUGAAUUUUGCACACAUAGAUGUCGGGAGGAUAAAUUUAUUAUUAUUAUUAUUAUUAAUUGUCUUUCAGAUACACAUUAAUUUAUUUAUUAAAUUAAUGAGUUAUUUUUAUUAAUGUGUAUGUAAGUGUUAACUUAAAUUUAAUGAAUAAUUUAAGUGAUUAUUAAUAAUUGAUAAUUUAUCGUUACUUUACAAAGAUUGUAUUUUAACAUGUCUGUUUGUAAAUACUCGAAAAAAAUUAUUGAUAAAUUGUAGCGAUAUUCAGAAAUUUGAAGAAAAAAAUAACAAAAAACUGACAUCG